CACUCUGAUGCCUCCUAUCUUCAACAUGGUAGAUCUCAGAAUGUUUUUGUUUCCAUGACACACCAGUUCUGUAAUUAGAGGUUCUAAAGAGGCACAAUAAGGAACUUAAUCCCUAGUGAUUACCUUCUCCCUCUUAUAUUUCUCUUUUAAGUCCAUGAGUGAAAGGUUGUUAUUAAGAGCACUGAAGGGUGGUGAAAACACUAAGAUCAUUACCUUGAAUGGGAAGAAGAUAACAAAGAUGCCCUCAGCAUUAGAAAAACUGCCUGGCCUGAAGACUCUAGAUCUUCGGAAUAAUCAAAUCCCCAAGGUGUGCCCGGAAAUAAGCACCUUGACCCAGUUGACAGUACUAAAUCUGGGAAACAACCUUUUGGAAGAAAUUCCAGAAGAGGUGAAAUACCUUACAUCCCUGAAGAGGCUUCAUUUAUUUGGAAAUAAGAUUUGUAAAUUUGCAUCUGGAGUAUGUGAUGGCUUACAAAAUUUGAUUCUGCUUAAUCUGAACAACAAUCAGCUCACAUGGAUUCCUCAAGAAGUCAGCAGAUUAAAAAGCCUUAUAUAUUUGAGUAUGAAUCAUAACCAGCUAGCCAGCAUUCCUAAAGAACUUUGUUUUCUUAAGAAUCUUUCUGAACUUCAACUUAACUACAAUCAGCUCAUUUACAUACCUGAAGAGAUUAAGUUCUUGAAGAAGCUCCAGAAGCUUCUUCUGGUGGGAAACAACAUUGAAGUUUUGCCAGAGGAACUUUGUGAUCUUAUAAACCUAAGAAUCCUAGACAUAGCUGGAAAUUUUAUUCAGACAUUUCCAUCAGGAUUUCAGAACCUGAAGCUGAAGGAAUUCUACUGUGAAGGAAAUCCACUGUUCCUGAGGCAGCCAGUUAAUGCUGUACAACAGGAAGAUGCCUGGAGUCUACAGGAAAUAACAUCAAGAUUUAUAAUGAAUGAGCUAGCGGGAAAGAAUCCUUUCAUAAUGCACGUCAUAGAACAGCACCCACAGGUCAGGAACAUAAUCUCUCAGAGAAAAUGUGCAAUAUGUGGAAAUUACUUUUUAACAAUAUGGCUGGAAUGUGUUGAAUUUGUUCCUCCACCAAAGAACUGGAAGAUAAGCAGAAAUCUACAGCUGGUACCUCUUCGAAUAUUAAUUUGUUCUUACAAAUGUUUUAAUCAACGUGGCCCUAACCUCUUUGGAAUUGCUCAAGUGUAGAGUCGGUGAGCAGCUCAUUUAGAGUCUCACAUGACUUGCGCCCCCGCCCAGGCUCUGCACACGGAGUCAGAUUAUACCCUACUUAUGACACCAUACUGUGUCUCUUCUUUUUGCCAGCACAUUAAACAAAGGAAGAAAAAUAAUUUACUUGUAAAGAUCCCAAUUUAACCGCUAUACUCUACCUUUAGCUUGCUUAGACUCUAGGUGUGCUGUUUCU